AUGGGCGUGGUUAGAACCAGCCACUCCUCUCUUUUUUGCAGCAAAAGAGGGUUGCUUUGUGUCACAAGGCCAUGUCUACAGAGCGAGCUUUAGAGGAUUCAUCUUUGCUGGAACCAUCAGCAAAGAGUACAGAGCAGAGAUCAUAUGGCACUCUAGUGGAGACCCGCUUAAAUAGCUCUCAAAAAGACAAUGUAACCGACCAGGAUCAACUGGUACAAGCCGAGGAGCAAGACUAUGCUGUUGUCGAGUUUCCUACUGAUAUGAACGAUUUCACUGGAAAGCAACUUGAAAGGUGCCAGAGAUUAGUACUCAGACCAUAUAACACUUUCCUCUGUGUGAUUGGAUGGCGAAGAGUAUUAGCAUACGAAGGUGUUUGGUAUAUCAUAUUUUCAUUUUGGCCCCUCGUUGUGUUACUAUUGCUCGUGACAUCUUGCAUAGUACAAAUAUUGCUUUGCUAUACAAGAGAUUCAAUUCCAUUAAUACAAGAUGAUGACAUGUACAUUAAGUGUUCAGAUCACAUUGCUUCUUCAUUCAUUAUGCUGGAUAUUCUACUAGUCAUGACUUAUCUUUAUGGACUUUUUAUAUUUCGCUUCAGGCAACAUGAAGACCUAUCAGGCUUGACAGAAAAGGUUUUCUGCGCAAUUGAGGAGAAAAAGUCAAAAAAACUCUCAGCCUCAAUGUUAUUUUUCCUUGUCCUUGGAAUACUUUGGAUCGGUUGCUCAAUUGGCGUGAGUAUCAUGCGAAUAUUUGUUCAUGGCUUAAACAAAAAAGUAGAACUUGAGUUUUUAAAGAAUUACGGCAAUGACUCUACUGAAAUCAAAAUUGCAAUGCUCACCACUGCACAAAUUGGAUUCAUUGUCAUUGAUGUAGCAUAUGCAUCUGUAGUAGUAAACUAUGCUAUGCAGUGUCAAUUGAUAGUUUACUCAAUCAAUAAUAUUGGGGCACGCAUAAGGACUAAAGCAACAACAAUAGAUACAAUAAUUAAAGAAGUGUGCGAUGUGAAGGCUUGUUUGUCUAAAAUUAAUGGUCACCUCUCGCGGGCUACUGGAGCUAUCAUGUUUAUCUUCUUGUAUUCUUCAGUCUCAUCUUUGUACUCUUUGCAGCAGCUAAAACCUGAUGACAAUGAUUUAGUAUUAGCAGCAAUCACUGGUUUCCUGUCUUCAAUACAGUGGACCGUCUGGCUAGUAAUACCAUUGAUUCAGGCAGCUCGUGUGACUCAUGCUGGAACUCAGUUGAAGGAAAAGGCAAUGGAGAUACGUUCAAGGCCUUUCCUUUACAUGAAUGCACCACAAAUUGACUUAGAUUCGCUAAUCAUCUAUUGCUCGAAUGUUCACUUAAAAGCUAAACUGUUAAGCAUUCCAAUAUCACCUUCAAUGGUGGUUGGUGGAUCUUUCUUUCUUGGAUUCACAAUAUACUUGGUACUGAAAUUUGACAACUAUUCGUGGGCAAGCUGGCUCUAAAUUUCGUUUACAACAUUUGAAUAUUUAAAAAAUAUAAUAUUUUUUUAUGUUUUAAAAUAUCUACUAUAAAUCAAAAA